UACCUGUUCGACGCGUGUCUCGACUUCUUCGACGAGAACGUGAGCUACGCGUUCAAGACGUUUGACAACCAGUUGGUCGGCGGAGACAUACUGUUGGACGUGAUCUCGAGGGAAACGUUCGGCGCUCCGGAGUCCGAUAUCUACCUGUUGGUGGAGAAGUGGAUCCAUAAGUACCGGAUCCGCUCGAACCAGAAGGCGCCGGAGGAGUCGCUGCUGUUGGCGGCCGUGAAGAUAGCGCGGAAGACGAGUGCCAAAAGUAGAGACAAAGCACAGGACGUCAUAGACAUAGACGUCGACUCCGACUCUGAAGAUGACGAUGACAUGGAUUACAACUCCUUCUCGAACUCCAAUUCCAACUCUUCCGACAGCACCGAUUCUGGUUCAGAAUCGGAUGGAAGUCUGACCCAAAAAAAAGUGGGGAAACUGAAGAAGCUUUUGGAGAAAAGGGGUUUAGUUCCCAAUGACUGCGUCUAUUACUUAUUGUCUACUAUUUUGUACGACAAUAACAAGAAUGUUAAGAAAUCGGCCAAAAAGAUAUUCAAAUUGAAUCACACGCACUGUCACUAUCACCACAACACCACUAAUACUAGCCGUACAGACAUGUGUGACAUCGAAGUGGACGAUGAUAUCGACCUCACCUACGAGUCCGAUGUGGAGGACGAGGAAUUAUAA